UGCACAAUGACACAGGCUGCAAUCAGCCCCAAGGUCCUCAUUCUGAGUAUGUUUAGCCGUGAGGCGAAUGUGUGGUUCGACAUACCAGAAUUCGACCUUCGCGCACGAAAGCUUCCCAUCCCCGGCCUCUCUCCACACGCUCCGGCUCUUUAUUCCACCAGCGAUGGCUCGAUAUGCCAGCUCACAAUCGGAGAAGGCAUGGUCAAUGCCGCCAUAACCCUCACCGCCGUCGCGUUCUCUCGGCUGAUAGAUCUGCGCAAGACCUAUGUCCUCGUUGCAGGUGUUGCGGGCGUAAACCCUCACUUCGCAAGUCUCGGCUCCGUGACAUUUGCGCGCUUCGCAGUCCAUGGUGGACUCCAGUACGAGAUUGACGCCCGGGAGGUGCCGAGUGGAUGGGAGACGGGGUUGUUUGCACAGGGCACAAGCGAGCCAGGAAGAUUCCCGACGACAUUGUACGGGACCGAGGUGUUUGAGGUCAACGACGCCUUGCGCCACCUGGCGCUGAAAGCAGCUAGCAGCAUUCAGUUGACCGACACAAAAGACUGCGAGGAGUUACGCACCAAAUACCCCUUCCCCGCUGCCCAGUCUCCGCCUUCCGUCCUGCUUGGCGACACCGUCUCAUCUGACACCUUCUGGAGCGGGACCCUCCUUGCCAGAGCUAUGGAGAAAACUAUGCAGACAAUAACCCAUGGCCAGGGCGAGUACUGCACCUCCCAGCAGGAAGACAACGCCAUCCUCGGCGCAUUACACCGUGCAGCGCUUAGCGGCCGCGCCGACUUUGCCCGCAUCAUCAUCAUGCGCUCUGGCUCCAAUUUCGACCGUCAGUUUGAGGGCCAAAACGCGCUCGACACGCUCCGCGGGCCGACCCCCGGGUUCUUGCCCGCAUUGAAAAACUUGUAUGUGGCGGGAGUAAAGGUCGUGGAGAUGAUUUCGGAGGGCUGGGUGGACACGUUUGAACGUGGGGUCGAGCCAGGGAACUUGAUUGGUGAUGUAUACAGAGAGACAAAGCGAAGUCGGAGUGAGGAAGAAAACAAGUCAUAA